AUGAAUCCAGGGACAUUCUUGCCCCAGGAGCUCAUCGACAAGUUCAUUGACGAUCUCUGGUUCGAAAGAGACAUCGACGCUCUGAAAACACUAUCGCAAACCUCCCAUCUGUUCCUUCAUCGAUGUCGUCGUCAUCUCUUUGGCUACAUCUCCUUGUCGAGUGGAAAUUCCACGGGCCAGUCCCAACGCAUAGCAAGGAAAGCCAAGAAUCUCGAUGAAGUUUUUGCCAAAGUACCCGAGGUUGCAAACUACGUUGAAAGUCUGAACUUUAUGAUUUCCAAUUUUAGCGACGCGGAGGUCCACAUCAUCUCCCAGCUCUUCCUCCAAUUCUCAAUGAUCGAUGAAUUGAGUUUGUACAUGUACAGCCCUUGCGACUGGGCUUUGGUUGCCCCAGAAUUGCAAUCUGCCAUCUCACGUCUUGUCUAUUCACCAAGAAUGGAUGCACUCAUUCUUCACGGCAUACACAACUUUCCUGUUUCCUUCUUUGCCCCGUGCACCAACCUCACCUAUUUGGGCAUUCACUCGUGUGCGCUCGAGGACGACGCACCACUCGGGAAUGCCGAAACAGCACUCAUUGCGAGGUUACAGAUCUUGAGUCUUGGUGAAACGAGCGUUGGACUAGAGAAGUUAAUUUGCGGUACUAGGGGUCAGGAUGGCCCUCCAAUCCUCGAUUUCUCUCAUCUCCAGGAGUUGACCGCCGAUCUGCCUGAACAAGAGGCACUGCCCCCUCUUCGAGAGAUAUUGAGGAGGGCAACUCAACUCACAUCGCUUAGUAUGAAAGUUGACGAGGAAUGUUCCUUAAACGAUGUUUUCCAGCCUUCCAUCUCCUUCGAAAAUCUCAAGAUCUUGUCAUUAAGAUUCUCCAUUGACGAGAUAGACCCCAAAGACCCCCUGUUUGGUCUUUGUCACGAACUGAGACGGAUAGAAAGGAGCAACGGCCUCGAAGAAAUCCUCAUCAAGGUUUCUACAACUUUGAAGCUCCAACCUGACUUUUUAGCGGACUUGAACGAUGUUCUAACUUUACCCGGAUACACCAAGUUACGCUGCUUGCGUUUGGAGAUCUUAUUGUGGCUUGAUACGGUCGAGGAAUAUGACCGUGAAGAGUCCAGACGAGAGUUGAACAAUGCUGCGCAAGCUCGAUGCUCACAGCUACUUCAUCGACCUUCUCUGGAUUUUUCGUACCUUGUGGCCGUGCAAGGUAUUGAUGACGACGUUGAAGAUAUCGUUGGAUAUUAUUAUUGCGAGCGGUAG